UAAACCCCCUAAACCAUCCUCUUCUAUCAACUUCAUUUCUCCCCGAAAUCCCUAAACCUCUUGGCCUAAGAAGCAUAGUCACAGCCCCCUCCACCCCCAAGACCUCAAAAUGUCUUGUAAUCCAAUCCCGACUGUCCCCCCAAAAUGCGGGCAAGGGACGAGAUAUCAGAUCCUUCGCCGGCAGGAGCAAAAAGAAGCCCGGAAUGCCCUCCAAGGGACGGAUCGAAGGGAACGCGCAACUCCGGCGUGAGGCCAAGAGGAACGCCCGCCAGAAGAGCAGGAAACUAGCGGAGAACUUGUUCUACAGGCUGAAGAAUCCGCACGGAAGCCACAUGGAUAAUUUCUCGGAGGAGGAGCUUCAGAUGAUCGGGUUGGGGUACGAUAGGAUGGUGAGGUUCAUGGAGAAGGAUGACCCGAAUCUGAAGCACCCUUUUGAUUGGUACAAGUAUGGUGAGUUCGGGCCGUAUUCCUGGCGAGGGGUGGUGUUAGGGGAGCCUAUUCGUGGACAGAUGACAGACGAAUGUGUGACGAUGAUAGGAGAAGUGCGGGACCAGGAAGAGUGGGAUGAGAUUGAGCAGUUUGAUAUGAUUAAUGAUUUUAACAAAGCACUGAAAGCUAUGGAAAAAGAGGCCGCCAGUUUGAGGUACUAUUGGGUUUUCGUUAGGCAUCCAAGGUGGACAGUCUCUGAUUUGCCAUGGGAACAGUGGACUUUAGUGUCUGAGGUUGCGGUUGAGUCCAGUGGAAAUGAAAGAAUUGAUAAAUGGAGUCUGAUGGGGAGGCUUGGGAAUGGGUCAAGAAGGUCAAUAACUCGAUGUGCGGCUUGGAUGAGGCCUGACAUAGUAUAUGUUAAGAGACCAGUAUACCAGUGCAGGUUCGAGCCACAGGAUGAGUUCUUCAAGGCAUUGACCCCAUUGCUCGAUCCGGAGACUGAACGUGACUUCUUGUUUGAGUUGGAGAAGGAUGAUGGUAUGAUAGAAGUAUGCACUUAUUUUGCUGGACUGUGUAAGAUUGUGAAGGUGAAUCCAAAGGCAUUCGUGGAUGACGUGGUUAAGGCUUACGAGAAGUUGACCGAUGCGAAGAAAUCCAAGUGUUUGGAGUUCUUGCUCCAGAACCAUCCGGUGCAUUUGCUGCAUCCUUACACUAAGGAAUGGAAGGAGAGGUUGGAGGAGAUGGAGAUGGGGUGUGAUGCACCAGAUGAUCAUGAUGAAGAAGAAAAAGAUAAUGAGAUUGUGGAUUGGAUUGAAGAUUAUGAAGGCAAAGAUGAUGACAAAGAAGAAGGCGAUGAUGAUGAUGCUGACGAUGAUGAUGAUGAUGAUGAUGAUGAUAGAGAUGAAGAUGGUGUGAUUCUAGAUGAUGGUGAAGGCAAGGAAGAUGAUGAUGAGGAAGGUAGUGAAGAAGAGAGUCCCGACUAUUGGGAGGCCGAGUUUAAGAAGGCGAUAAGUGGUAACGAAGAAAUGGAGAACUUUGCAAAGAAAUGUUUGGAGAAAUCUGACAAUUACUUUAAUGAACAGAUGAGGGAGAAUACUAAAAAAGAGGUGGUGGAGGGUAGAGGAAAUGGAGAUGGGGACGCUUUGGGGGUGAACGAUGAUGGUGACGAGCUAGCAUUGAGAGGUGUUAGGGCAAAGGUUAGUCCACAAGAAUGGAAGUAUGUUGGGAUUGGUCCGUGGAGGAAGAAGGUGAAGGAGAGUAGAAUCCCUCCUGAGCUUUUCCUGCGAUCAGCUGUUAGACACUUCACAUAUAGGAAUCUGGUUAAGGAAAUUGUUCUGAUGAGACAUGCAAUACUAGAAGGUGAAAUUGGUAGAAAGAAAUAAGAAGAUGGUUCAGCUUCCUCUCUGCUCUUGUGUGCCAUCAAGAGAGAAAACAUAUCGUUUGCACAACUCAGUAAAUUGCGUGUGUCUAAGACGUAUUGUCAUCAUUCUAUCUAUCCACUUCUGAUUACUAGAAUCUGAGGUAAUUUUUUUCAUAAUUGGAACUUGAUAACAUAACGUUUUAUUGACCUCUUCUUUCAAAG